AUGGCUACCGCAUCCUCCCUUCGCGCAGCGCCUCAAAAAUGGUCUCUGAAUGACCUCAGUUCCGAGCUGCUAGCUCUCAUCUUUGAGCAGCUCCGGGAAAUAGACGAGCGCGCCCUGGCUGCCACGCGAUGCUUGUCGAGGCGCUUCGAGGCCAUCGCAACGCCUAUCUCCUACCGUACUCUAUGCCUCAACGAGCGCAUUGUUGCCCCAGACGCCGACUCGCAGUACCCCAAUCUCCUACGCAAUGUAUCCAGCUACACCAACCACGUCGUUGCACGAAGCGAUCUUGACCCUGACGGCAUUCGAAGGGUUCUGGACAGGGUGCAACGACUCAAAACCGUGCGGUGGCAUUACGUCGACGCCGAAUUUAGAUCGGGGCGCCUCUGGCUCCCGUCGGAUGUGCUUAAUCCCCAGCAAACGCGGUUCAACGGCACCAAGCUGUUUGUCGAGGAUCUGCCGCUCCGAGAAUUCGAGGGGCAGCUGCGAGACACCUACGUCCGAGCCAUCCCCACAGACCUUCUAGUUUCCCUCAAGCUUGCCAGUCCAGCCCCGCCGCUCACGACGCGAUUGAACUCUCUCAAGCAGCUUCUCCUACUGUCCCGCCGUCUCGAGACGUUCCACUACGAAGACCGAGGACAAGGAACGAAUUUCAAGUUCGCUCAGGGGGAGCGCAUGCCGCCCCUAAAGGACUUGGUCCUCAAAUCCUACGACUGGAACCACUCCAAGGAGGAUACCCGAGCAUACUGGGACUUCACCCAACUCGAGUCGCUCGAUUUGAUUUCGGUACCCGUGUUUAACUUUCUGUCAGCCGUCGAUUUUCCUCACCUCGCGGGGCUACGACGUUUGCACUGCGAGGACUUUAGCGCUCACCUCGUGGAUAAGCGACAAGAAGCCACAGGCGGUCUCUAUUUGCUGGUGGCGAACCACAUCCGGGCGCUGCAGACACUGAGCGUGACCUGUCACAUUCAGCUCUUCCCUUUGGAUGGAAUCCUCAGACAUGGCGCCUCCCUGCAGGUGCUUAGGUUUCGUGACCACAUGGGAUUUGGAGAAGAGGACCGGCGGUGUCCGACGCUCUGGGCUGAGGAUAUCGCGACUUUGGCACAGGGCCUACCACACGUGCAUACGCUCGAGGUAGACAUGGACGUGGCUCUAUGCGAUCCGCCAGAGUUUCUGCGCGCCAUUUGCCGCUUCCGCAGCUUGCAAACUAUUACGCUCCACGUUCAGACCGUCCUCCACCCCCUCGAAGUCGUCCACCCGGGAAUGGAUCGCGACUACGACGCAGCUCUGCGCACUUUCCAGUUCCUCUUACAAGAGAAGCAGCUCGCCACUCCUGAUGUUCCAUGGAAGCAGAUCACCAUUAAUGUUGGCGGUUGGCGAAAGGUUAUGGUCCGACGGUUCAGCGCCGCCUGGCGUCGUCAGAACGAAAACGGCGUAUACGCCGAACGGUGCUUUGUGCUGGAAAGGAACGAAUACGGACAGAUGGCCUAUCGGGAAGAAAUGAGCGUCGAAGGACGUUCAUCAACACCAACACCUGAUCCGCCGACGCCCAACAUGGAGACCGAUUACGAGUAG